UAUGGUCCCCCCACUCUCAACCCCAGGCCUCCACCGAGCAACAUUCAACUCCUCUCUCUCUCUCUCUCUCUCUCUCUCUCUCUCCACUUCUGUAACCAUGUUUUCUUCUCAUACAUGGAAGGCCAUGGCAAUGGCUGCGGCACUUGUACUUCAGACCUACUCUUCCAUGGAGGUUGUUGAGUCCUCUUCUCACCACCAUCCUGAUCACAAGAUAACCAGCCUUCCUGGACAACCCCAUGUCGGAUUCCAACAGUUUUCUGGUUACAUUACUGUAGACGAUCACAACCAUAAAGCUCUCUUUUACUACUUUGCUGAAGCAGAAAUCAAUCCAGCUUCAAAGCCUUUGGUCCUCUGGUUGAACGGAGGACCUGGUUGUUCUUCUCUUGGAGUAGGAGCAUUCUCUGAGAAUGGACCUUUUAGACCAGAUGGUGAGGUCUUGGUUAGAAAUGAGUACAGCUGGAAUAGAGAGGCAAAUAUGUUGUAUGUAGAGACACCAGUUGGAGUGGGAUUCUCUUAUUCUAAAUCCAACUCCUCCUAUAUGGCAGUGGAUGAUGAGGCAACAGCCACGGACAAUCUUGUAUUCUUGCAACGCUGGUUCAACAAGUUCCCCCAAUACAGGCACAUGGAUUUAUUUCUAGCAGGAGAGAGUUACGCAGGUCACUACAUCCCUCAACUUGCGAAGCUCAUUGUUGAAAUCAACAGAAAGGAGAAGUUCAAUCUAAAAGGAAUUGCUCUGGGAAAUCCUGUUCUAGAAUUUGCCACGGACUUGAAUUCGCAGGCUGAGUUCCUUUGGUCUCACGGGCUGAUAUCCGAUUCAACAUACAACAUGUUCACUUCUGUCUGUAACUAUUCGCGCUAUGUGAGCGAGUACUACAGACACUCGGUCUCACCUGUUUGCUCAAGGGUUAUGAGCCAAGUGACCAAGGAAACAAGUCAAUUUGUGGACAAGUAUGAUGUAACCCUAGAUGUCUGUAUUUCAUCUGUGCUUUCACAAUCCAAGUUUAUAAGCCCCAAUCAAAUGACUGAGAGGAUAGAUGUGUGUGUUGAAGACAAAACUGUGAAUUAUUUGAACCGGAAAGAUGUGCAAAAGGCUCUCCAUGCGCGGCUUGUUGGCGUGCGCAGAUGGGAUGUUUGCAGCAGCAUUUUGGAGUACCAAAUGCUCAACCUGGAAGUACCUACAAUCUCAUUAGUUGGAUCGCUUGUGAAGCAAGGCAUCCAAGUCUUGGUGUACAGUGGAGAUCAGGAUUCUGUAAUUCCAUUAACGGGAAGCCGAAGAUUGGUCUCUAGAUUGGCAAGGGAGUUAGAAUUGAACACCACUGUCCCUUAUCGAGUUUGGUUCGAGGGAAAGCAGGUUGGUGGGUGGACGCAAGUUUAUGGAAACAUUCUGUCAUUUGCCACCAUCAGAGGUGCCUCUCAUGAAGCUCCAUUCUCGCAGCCUGAGAGAUCACUGAGGCUAUUUAAGUCAUUUCUGGAAGGCAGGCCUCUGCCUGAAGUUUUCUGAUACAACUGUUUGGUCCAUGGUGUUCGAGUUUGAAGAGAUCUUUCAAUUGCAAGAAGAAAGGUUCUAAAAAUAAAUAAAUAAAAUUGCAAAAAGAAAAGAGGGAGAUUUUGUGUUUGUUUGGUGGAUUUUGUAAAUGUAAUAUUGACUGUUUGGGAGGACGAGUUUUGAUGCAACAGAAAGUUUGUUCCUUUG